ACUGUGGAACUCAUGCAAGGUAUCUAUUCAAUGACCGGAAGAAGGAGGUUGCGACUGAACCAGGCAGGACAGAGAAGGAAUAGUGAGGAAACAGACCGUCGGUCGGGAUUGCUGGAAAAUUGUUACUUUUAACUGUAAACAGGACAUCCAAAAUCUAAUCUACAUGUCCCCGUGGUCCUUCCUCAUCUUAACUUACAUUUUCCAGGACAACAUUCGAUAAAGGAUAGCCUACAUGUGAGACAAAUUUGGUUUCUCAGGAGUACUCCAAGAGGCACCUGUUGCGGACUGAGAGGCCAAAUCUUUGGAAUUUAAAGCUGAACAUUGCAAUAACAGUGCUGGGAGGAUUUUUUUUGUUUAAUUUUUGGAGAGAAAUGACAGACAAAAAAAUGGGAAGUCCAGGGGUGGCAAUAUUCAGCCCAUGCCGGUUAGCUAUUGCCAUCUCUCUGACUGUGAUCAUUCUGGGGGGACUUGGAGCUGCCAUCUGGGCUCUUGUUACAUAUUUGGGAAGAGCGGAAGGCACAGGUUUAUAUGAUGUGCAGGUGAGCGUUGCAGACCGGCGGCUGCGGGUUUUUGACUCCGCUGUGCAUAAAUGGAAGCAUGUGUGUUCUUCCAGUGCAAAUCCGCUCUUGGCAUCCAUCAGCUGUGAGGAAAUGGGCUUUGUGAGGGCAGUGAAUUUCUCCGUGACUUGCGCCCCUGACAGCAGUAACGAUAACGAUUUCUUCUGUGUAAAAGAGAGUGAGUUAUCAUACGGGAAGAAGAUCAAAACUGCUUUUUAUCCAUGUAAAUGCCCAAAUGGACAGAUUCUUGAAGUGUUGUGCCAAGACUGCGGGCGUCGUAUGUUGCCGGAGGAGAGGAUAGUGGGGGGUUUGGAUGCCAGGCAGGGCUCUUGGCCUUGGCAAGUCAGCCUGCAGUAUGAUGGUGUUCACCAGUGUGGAGGUUCCAUCAUAUCAGACCGCUGGAUUGUCAGUGCAGCACACUGUUUCCCAGAGAGGUAUCGUAACAUUGGGAGAUGGAGGGUCUUGCUUGGCUCUAUCUACAACACCCCGACACAUAAAAACGUGGUCACAGCUGAGGUGAAAACAGUGGUCUACCACAGCAGUUACCUGCCAUUCGUGGACCCCAACAUUGACGAUAACAGCCGCGAUAUUGCCGUCUUGGCUCUCACCUCCCCGCUGCAAUUUAACGAUUACAUUCAGCCAGUGUGCCUGCCAACAUACGGCCAGCGUUUGAUAGAUGGGCAGAUGGGUACAGUGACUGGUUGGGGAAACACUGAGUAUUAUGGCACACUGGCAAACGUGCUUCAAGAGGCCAGCGUCCCUGUUAUUAGCGAUGCUGUGUGCAACGCCCCAGAUUACUAUGACAACCAGAUCACUACCAGCAUGUUCUGUGCUGGUUAUGAGAAAGGAGGCACAGAUGCUUGCCAGGGAGACAGUGGCGGUCCCUUUGUGGCAGCAGACUGUUUGUCGAAGACCAGUCGUUACCGCUUACUUGGUGUUGUGAGUUGGGGCACUGGUUGUGCCAUGGCUAAGAAGCCUGGUGUUUAUACCAAGGUAUCCCGCUUCCUGCCCUGGAUCUCUACUGCCAUGAGGACCUAUGAGAACAAUCCUGGAGUACAUAAAAUGGCUCGUACAUGAGGCAUUAAAUCAAUCAAAUUUAGCCCCUGUCAGACUCUGAUGCGUCUGAAGAGACUGAGAGUGUCUCUGCUGAGCUGUCUGUAUUUCACCCGUCGGACGUCCUCUGUCAAAAGGAGCAACACUAAAAUCUAUUUUGACUCAAGGAGCCUAAGUUAUCCCCUGUUGCUUAUCCUUGUGUAAACUCUGAGUUCUGUCACUGUUACACAUUUAAUGUUAUCCAAAGUUAGCAUCAUUUAUAAAAGUAAAUAUUUUUACCCCGUGAUGAAAUCACAAUUUGAGUCAGUAUUGUUAGUCUGUAACCAUUAUGAAUGUAAAUAUUUUAUAGGGUGUUUCUCUGGCCUUUGCAGAAGAAGGGAUAUUUCACUCAUAUUUCUGUCAUUCUUACAAUUUUUGUCAAGUGCUAGAUGUCUUCUCCAAAACAAUUCUUAAAACAAAUUUCACAGAUACUCUACUGCAUGUCUAAUGUGCAUGCCUCAACGCAGCAAACACGGACAUGAAAAUAUGAUGUUCCAAAGGGAUUCUAACCUUGAAGCUCAGAUCAAUGAACACAAAUACUUCUGAGGUGAAUCCACCAUUGUCAAAUGCAAUGUGAUUGUGUCACCUGAAUCUGUUUGGUUUCUGUAAAUUAAAAUGUUGGGAUGGAAGAAGAAUAUUAGAUAUAUGCCAUACAUUACACAGUUCUCAAAGAAAGGGUCGUAUAUAAAGAUACUUUAAAACCAUGGAGCCACUGGUAAAUAUGCAAUGUAACUUCAGGUAAUGAAUGCAAUGAUGUGAUGUCAUGAAAGCCUAACGAUUUGACAUCAUUUCUCAAAGUAAUGCAGUACAUUAUAUCAUUGUUUUCAAUGUUGGAAUGAUGUCACUUUGAAUAGUCAAACAGUUGGUGCAACCGAAUUAAAAAACUUUCUCACUUUGAAAUUUAAGUGUGGGUUGAAAAAAAAAAAUAGUCGAAAUAUUUAGUUGAUAUGUAAUUUUUUGAUUCUGUUUUGUUAUGUUAUUUGUUUUGUUUUGUAACUGCAAGUUAUACCAUGCAAAUUUUAAUCAGAAAUUGGUUCAUUUAGAGCUGAAAGGAUUGCUGUUGCUGUCAGUAUUUUUUGUUUAUGUUAUUUUCAUUAUUGUAAAUAUUGAUAACUUCAUUACUAUGCAAUGAAAUGUUUAAUUAAGUCUUUUAAGACAUUUUCUAUGAUUUUACCCUCAGCUGCUAUAGUGACAUGUAGAUGUUUUUUCUGUUAUAAGCUUUGUUUUGAGUUAUAUAUUCAGUUGAACACAUCUCAUAACGGCCACAUAAAAUAGUGCACAGCAGAUGAAAACUCAUAUGAAAGAUUUGAGUUCAUUCGAGAGCAGGAGGUUUUGGUUUCCUGAAAUGGUUGCUAUAGAGUAAUUUAAGCUGAACUCAGUUCAGUCUAGUUAGUGGUGCUGCUUCCAGUGCAAUCUUUCAUUCUGAAUGCUGUCCUACGAUAAAGUAAACCACAUUUCACACGGAAGAUGUUGUUCAGUGUUGGAAAAUUUCUUAGCUUUUUACUUGCACUUCUGUCUUUGCUUCGAGUGUCUUUUAUGUGGGUUAAAAACUAAUGAAUGUGAAUGUAUGUAUAUUUUCAAUUUUGCUGCGAAAUUUCAACUUUCAAUAAUCUUACCUCAGACAAAUACACCGUUAAUACACUGUGUUCACUGAUUCAAACAUCUUAAAAUUUCAUUGAAAUAAAGCGAUAAUUGUAAGUGCAA